AUGAAUCCUCAACACAUUGUAGCAAUCGUUUGCAUAGUACUUGUUCCAGUCUUCAGUUUAAUACUCUAUUUCGUAUUCAAAAGGAAUUGGAAAAUCGCGUGCAUAUUCCUCGGAAUAGUUCUUUCACUAUUGUCUGCAUACAUUUGUUUGACAUUUUAUGAAAAUACCUACGAUUUUUUCCUAAUUGGGAUCACAAUUUUGGAAGACAUGUUGGCAGUUAUUUUCAUUUACCUGACUAAGAAAUUAAAAGUGAAUGUAUCAAUCGUAUUGUGGGUUUUAUCCUUGACCUGUCUGGUUACUGCCAUAGUUUUGGUUUUUGUACCAUGUAAAAGGACGGUCUGCAAAAUACUGUCAGGUUUCUUCUUCAACACUGCUUUGUCUUUGAUCACAGUGAUUCUUGCUGACAUGCUGAAAAGAAUAUAG